CCUUAUCUCGCAGAGCGACGCCCAUCGCCUGGCCUCUCCAUCAACCUGUCCUCCAACAACCCCUUCCGCAACAGAGCGACCUCGCCUGGCUUCCCCUCGCCCGCAAACCAGUCGGACCGCUCGAGCUCCGCCAGCAGGCCCAUGUCGCGCAAUCCCUUCCUCAGCACCUUCGAGGCCGAGUUCAACAAGGAGGCCCGCAAAACGGACAUCGACAUGUCGGCCACCAUGAAGGCGUCGCCCAAGAACGCCACCUUCAGCAACGGCUCCGCUGCCGAAGAGCUCUUUGUACAUGUCUGCUCUCGCGCCAUGGGCCGGGUUCUGUCCUUCGUGAACACGUUUGCUGAUUACCCAUGCUUUGUACAGAAGAACCUCACAAUUGAAGAUGAGGAUAAGCGACGUGCACCACCGCCGCGGCCUCAGCCCGGCCGCAGCGGCACCGACCCUCGCGCCGGCCACCGCCCAUCGCGCUCAGACGAGGAGGAAAGGCAGAGGCAGCGAGGAGCUCCCCGUGGGCCGCCUCGCCCCCGAGGCCCUCCAGAGGCGCGCCGCCGCAUGCCAGACAGCCCUGAGCGCCGAGAGCGCCGUCCACGCCGCAACUCCGACUCCUCCAUCAUUGACAAGGCAGCUCAGGAGAAGGAAGACCGCAGGCGCCGUGAGCGUCGCAGAGAAAGGGAGGAGAAGGACCGGGAUGGCAAGUCGAGCAGCACACGGAAAGUUCGCAAGCCUCAGGGUCUCGACCUGAUUGACAAGCUCGAUGUCACCGGCAUCUACGGCCCCAGCAUGAUCCACCACGAUGGACCCUACGAUGCAGUUCAGCCCCACCGCAAUCGCAAGAAGGAUGUGCGUGCUCCCAUGCACGCUUUCCCUGCAGGGUCUGCAAACAACUCGCUCGGUGGUUCGGGUCCUCUAAACCAGAAAAUCGAUCUUGACAGGAUCCACGGCAGAGGCGCAGAGGGCUUCACAGAUUUUGGGGGUGCUGCAGACAUCAAGCCACUUCGCCCCGAAGCCGAGUUCAGUGCCAAGGGCCGCGAAGACAUCGUUCAUGGCGAGCAGACACACGGACUGGGCACAUCCACUUUCCUCGAGGGUGCACCCGCAUCCCGCACUGCAGUUGAGCAGGACUUCGAGCAGAAGCGGGCGAACGAGAUUAAUGGUCUUGGACGCAAGAAGUCGAUUGCUCAACGUUUCCGCGGCAUCUCGCAGCCGAGACGUCAAUAUGGCGAUGGAGCCCGAAUUCAGUCUCCCGACGCCAGAUACGGCGGCCAAACCAGCCCACAGGGUCCAUACAGCGCGGGUCCCUUGGCCCAGAACCAAGCUACAGAGCUAAACCCGUUCUUCGACGAGUAUAACAAGGCCUAUGACAGCAAGGGCGCAGCACUUCAGGCCAAGGAUUCGGGUUACAAGGACGGAUCUCCUCCCCGUGUACCCCUGCAACGUGCCAUAACUACAGAAAGCACAGGCUCGUUGGGCGAGUCGAAGCCUACGGGUUUCCUUGGCCGCAUGAAGAGCAUCAAGGGUGGGCGUAGACGGUAA